AUGGAAGACAGUACAUAUAAUAAUGGUUCCUCUUUCCAACACAUCGCCACCAUAGAUCCACUGGUCGGAGAAAGGCAAGAUUCUGCAGCUGAAACCCAUACUGGGCUUACACAAAGGGAUGUAGUCCACACCCGUUCCUUAAGGAUGACCCCUGGCACAGCGGCAAAACAAGCUGCAGUCCAAGAACCAAACGCAUGCAGCUCCGAUUUCGACGCCAGGCUGUAUGAGAAAAAGGGCAACACUUCUCAACGUGUGGAACCUCAAGAUCAUGCCAGGUUUUCAUUCAAUAAGCAAGACGGCCUCGCGCGCCUCAUCAUCAACCACCGACAUAUGCUAGUUUAA